AUGGUUACAAAUGGUGUAAAGCUACUUGAUGUUCAAGCAAGCCAAUUUGUGAAUCGGGUUCAGGUUGCCCUAAAUCUCAAAUCAAUAGACUAUGAAUUCAUCCCACAAAAUUUGAGUGAGAAACGCGGGCUCCUUCUUCAAUCUAAUCCUGCUCACAAGAGCAUCCGAUGCAUCGAUGACUUCUCGUCGGAUGGUCCCUCUAUCCUCCCUUCUGAUCCCUAUGACCGUGGCAUAGCCCGCUUUAGGGCAGCUUACAUUGAUGAAAAGUGGCUUACGUUUUUCCGGGAGCUUCCAACCGCAACAGACGAGGAGUCACAAUCAGGUUUGGUGGAGAGAAUAUUAAGAGGCCUAAUAUAUUUUGAGGAACCAAGACAACAGCCCUGGUGGGGAUGGGCUGAGACGUAUUUAUCGGACAGAGCUGUUCAUGGUGUUGUGCUGGACACUGAGGAAUUCUUGGACAGUCUUCAAAUCAUCAUAGCUAGGGCAGUACCUGCUGCUCCAAAGUGA